AUGCUACCAUCCUUGGCUGCUUAUGUCAGCUGCCUGUUCGCGUAUAUAAAGCCGGUUGAAUUCGGCGCACCCAUAUCCCUCUCAUCAACCUCAACAACUGACAACACUACGGACAAUACAACUGACUUCUCAUUCCACUCACCCAAACAACCGUUCUUUUCACAGACAACUCGCUCAACAUAAUGAGAUCCUCUGUUCUUCUUCUCAUCGCACUGGUCCUUUUCUUUGCCGCCUCCUUCGGCAAGCCGGUCCCAGCCGCUGCUGAUGGGCUCAUUCGGGCUGGCAAGGGUCUUUCCGUCCGUAAGGGGGACCAGCUCACGCUGCUCGAUGAAACAGCCGUGCGCGAUGAUGACGAUGACGAUGAUGAUGACGAUGAUGAUGACGAUGAUGAUGACGACGAUGAUGACAGGUUUGACGAUUAGAUUAGGUAGGGUACUCCGACUAGUGUUUUUCCUUCCUUUAUGCUGAGGUGUUUGUAAACAGAUGCUUUUGACGA